CUGUCCAGUUGUCCAUUUGACAGAUACGUGAUAAGUACCAUUCGUGAUUGCAAGCCACUCCUAUAGUUGAUAAAUUAAGUAAUUACUUAAAUGUAUCAUGCAAGGAAUUUCGAUUUAAGUGUACAGUGACGUUAUAUUGAAAUGGUCUAGUGAUUUAUAAGUGUUAAAAAGACUGAAUCAAAAUGACGGGGCGCUCGAGGACAGGAGUGUUCGGGAAGCUGUUCGCCAAGAACAAGACCACGAAAGAGGAGCGAGCCACGGAAAUUGGUAUGCCCACAAACGUCAAACAACACAUACAUGUGAGUAAGAACUCAGAGACGGGCAUGCUGGAAGGGCUCCCGACGUCGUGGCAGCGCUUGCUGAACACGCAGAUCACUCCCGCGGAGCAACAUGAAAACCCAGACGCGGCCGCCGCCGCGGUCAAGUUCCACAUAUACACCAUCAAAAAAGAAAAAGCGCCCAACGAGCCCUUCAAGCCGUUCGUGACGGAGCAAGCCAUCACGGAGGAGGACUUAGAAAUAGAAAAGUUAUUAGAUAAGAAAAACGCUCACCAAAGUCAAGAUUCUGACCUGUCUUUCGGGCAGAGCAGCGAGGAGGAAGUGCAAAGCGAGUUGUAUGGUGUGCGGCAAACCAUGCCUGCGGCACCCACCAAGCAGGGCAUGAAGAAGAAAGAUGCCAUGAUGGACCUCACGGCUGUAGUUGAAGACCUCACACUCAUCGGGCACGAGGCGGAAGAGAGCCCUAUAUUAAGGAAAAAAGAGCUUGUAAAUGCAACUCUAACUGAUGAGGAAAUAUAUGAGGAAUUGAAGAGAAUUUGUAAUAAAGAUGAUCCCUACAUGAGGUUCGAGAGGGUCAAAGACCUUGGUGCUGGAGCCUCAGGUGUGGUGUUUGUGGCGAUUGACAGUCAGGACAAAUCGCGGGUCGCGAUCAAAGACAUCGACCUCACGAAGCAGUCCAGAAAAGAUCUCAUCCUCAACGAAAUCAACGUGCUCAAAGGGUUUAACCACAAAAACUUGGUCAAUUUCCUCGACGCGUUCCUCAGCUACGACCAUCUAUGGGUCGCCAUGGAACUCCUCGAUGGCGGGUCGCUCACAGAUGUAGUGACAGAGGUCGUGAUGAAGGAGGGACAGAUCGCCGCGGUCUGCCGCGAGACCCUCCAAGCUGUAGCCUUCCUUCACUCCAAAGGCACAAUUCAUAGAGACAUUAAAUCUGAUAACGUACUCUUAGGCAUGGACGGAAGCGUCAAAGUCACAGAUUUCGGCUUCUGCGCAAAUAUAGUAGGUGACGAGAAACGACAAACCAUGGUAGGUACGCCGUAUUGGAUGGCGCCCGAGGUAGUCACGAGAAAACAGUACGGGAAGAAAGUGGACGUCUGGUCGCUUGGGAUCAUGGCUAUCGAGAUGAUAGAAGGCGAGCCCCCGUACAUGAAGGAAACUCCGCUAAGAGCGCUAUACUUGAUAGCUGCUGUGGGGCGGCCAAAGAUACCGAGGUGGGAGAAUUUGUCGGCAAACUUCCAGGACUUUUUAGACAAGUGCCUUCAAGUAGACGUGGACCUUAGAGCGACAGCUGAGGAGUUGCUAGAGCAUCCUUUCCUGCGCUGCGCUAUGGAGCUGCGGACGCUAACGCCGCUCAUAAAGGCCGCGCAGAAAAUCCUGCACAAGAACUUCGACUGAACCCGGAAACUUCCAUUCCCUAUUUUGUAUCGAUACAGUUUUGUAGCAGUUUUUUAGAAUUUGUACAACGAGGUGCCAAGGGUAUUUUUCGAUUGGUGUAUGACUGAGGUUCGCUAUUAUUGUAAAGGCUUUGCACUAUUGUGCGCGUUGACAAUAUUACGAUUAGAAACGCCAGUAUCUAUAACUAUACGCGUGUUCAUGCUCUAGACGUUAAUAGCCAUUGAUGAAUAGGCGUAGAAUCACAAGAUUAUUUAUUUUGACAAUACUACGGCUCGUUUUAGCUUUUGUCUUAUCGUCACGGUGGUGCAGAUAAGUUAUCGCCUCCGAUAUAGAUAUGUAACAUCACUAACGUACCUAGAGUGAUGUUUCCCGUUUGAUAUUAAGUAAACUUUAAAAUUAUAUAUGUACAACAAAAAUGCCAUAAUGGAUUUACAAUUAUUAUUUAGAUUUCGGUUAUAAAAUUUAGUUUAAGGAGAUAACGUUUUGUAAUUUGAUUAGAUACUUAAAAAUACGACAUCUGUCCAACGAUAGCAUUUUCUUACAAAUUUAAUGGAAUUGGUGCGAAGUUUUUAU